CUCAUAGAAUGAACGCGCUCUACCUGGCUGCAUUUACACACAACUACUAAAGAAGCAACAAGCUCUAUCUCUUUGCUGUCUUCUUCUUUUUCCCAGCAUUUCAUCACCGUUGGAGGGAAACUCACAAUGACUGGCCAUAAGUGGGGUUAUGGUGAAGAGGAUGGUCCAUCUGCAUGGCACAAAUCUUACCCCAUCGCUCAGGGAACUCGCCAGUCCCCAAUUAACAUCGUACCCGAAGAGGCAGUUUAUGACAGCCGCCUUCCGGCCAUCACAAUCAGCUAUGACAACUGCACUUCUCUGAACAUUUCCAACAACGGGCACUCUGUGGUGGUGGAGUUUGAGGAUAUGGAUGAUAGAUCAGUGAUCCAAGGAGGCCCACUUGAAAAUGCAUACCGUCUCAAACAGUUCCACUUCCACUGGGGAGGAAAAGACUGUGAUGGCUCUGAACACACUGUCAGUGGGAAGACCUACGUGUCUGAGCUACAUCUGGUGCAUUGGAAUGCUGUGCGCUAUCGCACGUUUGGUGAAGCUGCUGCAGCUCCUGAUGGCUUGGCUGUGCUGGGCAUCUUUAUGGAGAAAGGAGAUGGACACCGAGAUCUACACACUAUAACUGAUGCCUUGUAUAUGGUCAAAUUCAAGGGAAGCGUCGCAAAUUUCAAAGGUUUCAACCCAAAGUGCCUCCUACCUUCUAAUCUAAAGUUUUGGACCUACCCCGGCUCUUUGACCACUCCUCCACUGCAUGAAAGUGUCACAUGGAUUGUUCUGGCUGAACCUAUUAGAGUCUCGGAUAAGCAGAUGACAAAGUUCCGGAUGUUGCUCUUUAGCGCUGAAGAGGAGGAACAGAGGAAACGGAUGGAGAACAACUUCCGCCCUCCACAGCCCCUGAAGGGCAGGACGGUCCGUGCCUCCUUUAAGUAGCCCACCAGUCACCAUACUGACACUGAAAUGUUUUAGCAUCAUCUUUCUGCAACUUGGAAGUCUAGACAUUGUUUUUCUUUAACUGCUGAAGUCAGGCACAUUGUGAGACUCAGUAAAAAGAUCAAUCCAACCCCAGUAAGCACUGUUAAAGCACUUAGGAAAAGCAUCACUUGCUGUGUAGGCAUAUAUGUCAUGUUGUAGCCUGCCAAAAAACAUAAAUCAUGUCUUGACAUUGAGCUGAUUAUACAUUAGAUCUGAGCUGAAGAUGCAAAAAUACAACCAGGUGUUAUGUUUA